UCGGAACAAUCGUUUUGAGAAUUUCCACGCGAAAAACACGCGUCGAAAGAUUAUUUUCUCGAGAAAAUCAAAUAAUUUUCUUAAUUUUUUUUUUGUAUUAAAUAUAAAAUACUGAAUAUUUGUCCAAUUUUCCAUUUUAUUGAUCAAACAAAAUGAACGCCACAUCGCCAAAGCUGUCACUGGCCAAAUUGGGACUCUAUCCCAAACCAAAAACCUUGAAAGUCAUGAUAUUGGGUCAAGCAGGCGUAGGGAAAUCAGCUAUGGUUGUACGAUUUAUAACGAAACGAUAUAUCGGAGAAUACGAUCCUACUUUAGAGAAGAUUUAUUCUUUUCACACUGUCAUAGACAAUGAGAUGGUUUAUUUUGAAAUUUUGGAUACGGCUGGACAACCUCCGGAAUACGAAUGCUGUGGUUUGGAAGCUAACAUUCGCUGGGCAGAAGCAUUUAUUCUAAUGUACUCCGUAACAGAUAAAUGCUCGUUUGAUGAGUGCUACAGGCUGAAAUUCUUGAUAAACUACAAUAAAAGGAAGAAAAGGAUAACUACCAGUACCAAAGAUCCAUUAAGUGAUGUCCCAGUGGUUCUAGUCGGUAAUAAGACAGAUCAGGUCGAAGAUCGAAUGGUAACCUUAGAAGAUGGUCAGAAGCGGAGCAAAGAAAUUGGAUGCGUGUGUUUUCACGAGAUAUCUGUAAGAGAAAGCAUAGAACAGGUGUGGAAUGUUUUUAGGGACACCUGUAUAUUUUGGAGGGUCCUGGGAAAGAAUCCAAGCAAACUGAAAAGGUCUGGAAGCGACAAAGAUCCAGAAAGUCCAGAUUCAAAUAAGCUUUUGUGCUCAGUUGCUGUAUCUCCCAGUUCUUUAAUUCCAUACAGCUGCAGACCCAGCGGAAUAUUAGGUAGAAGAUGGACAGAGGUAGAAUUAGAAGAAGAGGACGAGCUUAAAAACAAUUCCGCUACAACUAAUGGUGAUUCUGCACCGUUUAGAGAGAGAGCCUCUACCGAUGGCCAUCUUCACCACAAAUCUUGGAGAUGGAGACAUAGACCUGGGACAUCUGUCAACUCAAACGAAGCUGUCAUGUUCAAGUCAGAAAGAAGGAUGAGCAUUUCUAUGAGGGGAACCAACGCAAGUUAUUAGUAACUUUAAGGGUAACUACGUAUUAAAAUAAAAAGGAAUAUAUGUGAAACCUUAUAAUCUUAGUAAAGUAAAUUUAAUGUUUUAAAUAUAUGUGUAAGGUAAAUUACCUUAAAUACAACGUCGUGUAAUCGAUUCACAUCUACAGGGUUCGGCAAAAGUGCUUCGGGCAUCUGUAGCUCAUAGAAUAAAGACCUAACCUAACUUCUAUAGGGUGACUGAAGAAAGUGUGAGUGGAUCGGGAUGAUUUUUUAAAUGA